GUGAUACUUGAAUCUGUAUAAAUAGUGUGUUAUGAAGGCUUGGAGGCCGCCCCCAUGUCGCUUGCGUAACGUCCCCCCUUAUUAGAAAGUGAAAUAAAAGUGAAAUGUGAAAAUCAACAUGGCGCCCAGAUGCACCUAACCGUUUCGGAUGUGCGUUUUUCGUGUAAAUAAUUGUGUUCAUAAGGGGGCUUUCAUGUCUCUGGGGCGGCGAAAGUGAUGUUUGAUGCAUUUGGUGCAUUAGUUUCAAGAAAUGGCGGAUCAACCGGGCCAAACCAUCGAGUACCAAUGGGCCUAUUCGAUAAUGGACUCGAGUCGGGUGUCCACGUUUCUUAUCUCAAUGCUGUUGAUUGUUUAUGGUUCGUUUAGGAGUCUCAACAUGGAGCAAGAGGCUCGAGAUAGGGCCAAUGGGGGGCCUAGUGGGAAUUGUCUCCUAAAUCCGGCCCAACAGGCCCAGACUGAGAACAAUGUUCAGACUUUGGAUACAAUGCAAGCGCUGUGUUUGCCUCUGGGGGCCAGUAUCUCACUUCUUGUUAUGUUUUUCUUUUUUGAUUCAAUGCAAAUGCUUUUUGCCAUUUGUACAGCAAUUAUUGCAACUGUCGCACUUGCGUUUCUACUAUUACCAAUGUGUCAAUAUAUCAUACGGCCCUGUUCUGAUGGUAAUAAAAUCUCGUUUGGGAUGUGUGGGAGGUUCACAGCGGCGGAACUCCUCUCAUUUUCACUUUCUGUCUUCAUUGUUUGCAUCUGGGUGCUCACUGGGCAUUGGUUAUUAAUGGACGCCAUGGGAAUGGGGCUGUGUGUAGCCUUCAUCGCAUUUGUUCGACUCCCGAGUCUCAAAGUCUCCACUCUUCUCCUCACUGGACUUCUCAUCUACGACGUCUUCUGGGUGUUCUUCUCCUCAUACAUUUUCAGUACGAAUGUGAUGGUCAAAGUGGCCACACGUCCAGCUGAAAACCCUGUAGGUCUCGUCGCACGAAAAUUACACAUCGGGGGCGUUGCCAAAGAAGCCCCCAAAUUAAGUCUACCGGGCAAACUCGUAUUCCCCAGUAUCCACAAUACGGGGCAUUUCAGUAUGUUAGGUUUAGGUGAUAUCGUGAUGCCGGGUUUGUUGUUGUGUUUUGUGUUACGAUAUGAUGCUUAUAAGAAGAGUCAAGGAUUGACGGGGUCGCGAUUGACGUAUUUCCAUUGUUCGCUUCUGGGGUACUUUUUGGGGUUGUUGACCGCGACUGUCAGCUCGGAGGUGUUCAAGGCGGCGCAACCGGCCUUGUUGUAUUUAGUUCCCUUCACUUUAUUGCCUCUUCUCACCAUGGCGUAUCUGAAGGGCGAUUUGAGACGAAUGUGGUCCGAACCGUUCAAAUCUCUGACCGUUUCAAAGCAUCUGCAAGAUGUGUGAUAGACUGUUUUUGUUAAACUUAAUUAGUAGGUUUAAAAAAAAAAGUGUUACUAACAUAGUGAGUGGAUGCCUGUGCAUUUAAUGAACAAAUUAAACGAAUUUUCAGUACAUGUUAAGGAACAAAAUGUAUAGCUAUAUCGUCAAUUUCAGACAAAUGAUAUUAUCAAUCGUUAGGAAUAAUUUCAAGGGCAAUUUCGAUCUCCUCCUCUCUCUCUAACUCAUUUUGAAUUUUCGUUCGAAAUUGUCGUCACGUAAUAAGUCAGUAUUUUUUUUUGUUUUUGGGGAAAUGAAAGAACAAAUUCUUUUUCUGUGAUAACUCCUACUUACAUGACUUAACUUCACUUUUCCUACUUUUUGUGCAAUUCGGCGAUUUGUAAAUAUUUGUGAUUUUUUUAAUUUUAAGUCUCAUCCAUGUGUACCUUUUUAUCAUUGAUUGCUUUAAGAGGAUAAAAACCGAUAGGAAAGUAGGUUUAGUUUAGUAUUUUGUGUUAUUGUUUUAUAUAAAAAAAAGUAUUGGAAUAAAUUCUCAUCGUGGUUUUAUUAUU